AUGAACCAGAAAAAGGUCACCGGGGAGGAUAAACCCACAGAAAGGGGGGCGGAACCAGUUGGAGCAUCACAGUCGGAUGCUACCACCAGCAAGCAGGAUAAAAACGUGAACCUGGCUCAAAUGGAAAUGGAAAAGACAAAGGUCACCGAAGAGGAACUCGUUGAACUGGGACUGGAUGACCUUUCGCUGAAUGACAAAACGGCAGACGAUGACCUUUGGGCAACUCCAAUGGUCUCAGAUGAAUCCAAUGAAUCAUAUUUCACGGACGAUGAAACGACCAUGAAUAUGUCAUUCCAAUCCGCAAUGAGACAAGCUGACCGUGCAGAAGGGAUGACACCUUUCAAAGAGAUACCGGAGCACCUCAUCGAACGGACAACAACAGGAAAGGUCAUCAACGUACGACCACCGUCACCUAACAGUCCCACGUCAACUCUGAAGAGACGCGUGAAGGAGUUGGAAGAAGAACUUGAAGCCAAGGAAGGCCUGGUGACGAAGAGGAAACAGGAAUAUCAAAACCGGAUAGGUUCUCCGGAUGCUCGUAUCUAUGAACUGGAGCAACAACAAGUUGACUUGGAAAGCGCAGCGGAUGAAUGGAAGAUUAAAUACGAGCGUCAAAAGGAACUCGCUGAGGAGUACCUGAAAAUGGUAGAUGACAGAGAAAUGGAAGGUCAUCUUGCAGUCAGUGACCUUAAUGAAAGUAUGUCCGAAGAAUCAGCUGAAAGAUCACGGCACUUAGCCGAAAUGAAGGACGAAUGUGACCAGUUACGCCAAAAGGUCAUCGAAGCCGAGGCAAAGCGGGACGAGUACGCGGCCAACCUUGCGGGGGUCACACAACGAUUAACAACGCUGGCAACAGAGACAUUCAAACUCAGAAAUGACCUGAAGCUACGAGAUGAAGCCAUCAGCACUCUGCAAACUGAGUCGAAAGGUCAUCAGGAACGUGCCGACGAAGCUGAAAGGCUACGUAACGAGAUAACUAAAGCGAUGCGCGAUGCGAGAGACCUUACAGCAAGAGAAGGAGAAAAGUUGAAAGAAGAGAUUAAAAAGGCCAACGACGAAAAUGAGAAAGUCAUCGCAGACAUUCAAAAGGUCACAAAGGAAGGACUUAAGUGGCAAAAGGAAGCACGGCGACUGGAUACAAUGGUUACAGCAUUAGAGAUGAAGGACAAAGAAUGGCAACAACAAAUCGCUCAAAAGAACCAAGAAGUCACAAAGCUGAAUACUGAACUGCUCGAGAUGACAACUACAGCACUGGCGAAAGACGAUGAGUUGAUUGCAACCAAGAAUCAGCUGAAAGCAGCAGCCGAGGAAUACAGGACGCUGAAAGCAGCAGCCGAGGAACACAUCAGGAAAGUGGAAAAUGAUACUGAAAAGGUCAUUCAAGACAAAACGCUUCAACUGCAUCAGCAGAUGUCGAAGGUCAACCAAGAGAACCAGAACCUGAAGAAUGAGAAAGAACAAUCCGAUUUAAGGAUCAAGCGCCUCGAAGAUGAGAAUAAAGCUCUUCAAAUGUCCAACAAACAUAAAGAUGAACAGCUCCUACUACACGGAGAAGCGUCAAAAAUGAAAGGGACGGUGAAAAGGCUAGAGACGACAACGAACCACCAUCAGGAGGUUAUCCACACACGAGUCGAGGUGACCCUUCACAAUUUCCUCCGCACAUCGAAACAAAUGUGUUCAUCGAUGAAGGGCGACGGGACAGACCCCCCAGCCGGCAGGAACGUCCAAGGAAAUCCCGUUAUGGAAAGGCGAAACGAAAUCAAAAUGAUGAUGGAAGUAGCGAAGAAGACGAUGACCAGAGAGCAGAAAAUACAGCGGUGCAAUUGA